GUACUGGACCGUCAAUUUCCCCGUGAUCAACUCUACUUCGGAGGAAUAUGAUACAGCGUGAUACAAAGUGCACGUACCAUAAUAAACAGGAUAUUCAAAGACACCAUUGUCUUCCUCUCUUGAUGAAAUCCACCUAGGUGGCUUUCAUAAGGAGGUCAACAUGUCAAGGACACGACAGACCUUGCCGCAGGAGUCGACUAGACUGGUAACCAGCCCGUCCAUGAGACAAGAUAGAUGAAACACUCCCGGGCCAUGGCUUGUCGUAUUAGGUCAGUGUCGGAGACGCCGAGAGUACUUUAAAGGAGCCUAGGUGAUUGAUCUCUUAUCGCGUCCACUAGCCACGACGAUCAUGACAACACUCCGACUGUCCGAUGGAGGGCUUGGUAGUACUCUACAGGAUCACUUCCACCUCCCAACGCCAUUCAGCUCCGGAUGUAUCGCGCCUAAUGCCCUGCGACACACGCAUCAUGAUUUCCUCGAGGCUGGAUCGAGGGUCCUUCUCACAUCGACCGGCCAGGCUGCAUGCGAGCACUUUCAGAUGUCUAGUGAGGUCAUGCGUCUUGCGGUUGAUAGAGCGAACCAAGCUAGAGAUCAGUUUUGUAAUGCAACCGAAGACAGCCCGACGGACAUCCAUAUAGCUCUCGUGCUUGCACCCUUUGGCCGUGCACCCAACCAAGAUUCUGAGGGAAAUACGAUCUCCUUCGGUGAUGACAUCGAAAGCAAGAACAAUUCCACAGAAGCGUUAACACGCUCUCACGAGGAUCGACUCCGGGAGAUCGCCUCUGAUAAAGAGAUAUGGAACAGAGUUGAUUUCGUUGCGUUUGAGAGUGUGCAGCUGGUAGGAGAGGUGAAGGCGAUCAGGCAAGCAAUGGGCAAUUUGAAGGAGAUAAUCAAUCCCAAACCUUGGUGGAUUACUGCGACCUUUCCACGUGGCAAGUUUCCUCAACCUGGAGGCGGCUUCCUUCCAGCUGGCGAAGUGGCAAAUACCAUCAUAUGCAACGAUAACAAUAUGCCAGUACCAGACGGUAUUGGAAUCAAUGGCACGGCGCUCGAAUUCCUUCCGGGGCUACUCCAAGACGUCGAACGGGUGAUAGGUGGGAAUACAAGACCGCGCCUAGUCUUGCACCCCCACGGGGCCAGAUUUAAUUCGCUCACGAGCGAUCAAUGGGCAAACGAAUUGGCCGGCCUCAUCAACAAGGCAAAAGGGAGGGGAUGGAACAAUAUUAUUGUUGGCGGUUGCUGCAAAACUGGGCCGAUUGAAAUCAAUGCUUUGAGGGAGGCAAUCUGAGGAGUGGAACGCCGUGGCGGGGUGGACUGUAGUAUGUGCGGUGGAGUGGUGUACUCCCUAGCGGGGGUGGUGCAGGCGGGGGUUUGCCAGCAUUUGCACAGCUUAGUCAGCAGGGUAGAGCCUUCGAGCAUACUAUCUCUGGCCC